CAGAUCCUACUCGGUUUCGAACCCCUCGAGGGUAUAUAUACUAGGGAGAACCUUACUUUAGCCCUAUAUACUAUUAUUAAUAGACAUAGGAUUAAAGAUCAGAUUCUGGCUAUUACCACUAAUAAUACGUUAAAUAAUAAGAUAAUAUUUGAUAAGCUUAGCCUUAAUAAGCUCCUAUAUCGGAUUAAAGCAAAGCCAAAGAACGACAUAGUGGAUAUACGAGGACAGAAAGGGGAUAUUAUAAAUAACCUCGAUAGGGUAUUUAAGCUUUAUAAUAAGCUAUUUAAAUACCUCGAGGCGUUAAUCAGUCAGCUCAAAAAGAAGAAGGCCUAUAGAAGCUCCGUGAGUACUACGCAAAGACCGAUCAGCCUAAGGCUAGUAAUAUAUAUGCGUAUAGCACUAUCCUCGCACCAAAGGAUAAGUUACAGUACUUCAAACGCAAGGAAUAGUCUACUUAAACUAGCUCGGGCUCUAGAGAUCCCUAAAGAAGGUAAAAAUAAGAAGAUUUUACCUUCGUUAGAAGGGAUUAAUCUAAUUAGCGAUACUAAGAAAGGUAACGAUAAAGUAAGGCUAUCUGUGAGGGCAGGGAAGAGACAAAAGAGUAUUUUAUCUAAUCAUAAAAGUGAGCAAAGUGAUAAUAAUAAUAGUGGUUUACCCUCAAUAAGCUAA